GGAGCUCCAUUGGAGGACGAUGCUGAGCUCGAUGUGCCUAUGGAUGUCCAGCUCGUCAUGCUGCCACUCGAAACAAGAUCCUUUACUUCCAAGGACGCCGCACUUGUUGAAGCUGCCGCUGAGGGUAAGCUGGAGCUAGUCGCGCAACUGCUGGCAGCCGGAGCUGACAAGGACGGACAGGUUAGAGGUGGAUGGGCCCCUCUCCAUGCAGCGUGCCGGUUUGGCCAGACGGAAGUCGUGACCUUGCUCUUGGAUGCUGGAGUGCAGAAGGAUGUUCCAGGCCCGUUUGGCGACACGCCUCUAUGCUGUGCGGUCAACGGAGAGCACGCAGACAUCGUGGAGUUGCUGCUUCGGGCGCGAGCAGAUCCGGAUCGGAAGUCUCCAAUCUUGAAGGCGGAUGGUCUUGUCAAUACAAGGAUUCUUAACUUGCUCCUGGAGUAUGGUGCUGACAAAGAAUGCCUCGAGCGCAGAAGGCGUCAAGAGGAGAUCCUACAGGGCUUAGACGAGUGA